UACAGCCUGGGAAAUCUGCAAAGUCUUCAGCUGCUUGGAAGAGGUGUGGGAGCAACUCAUUUUUGCCUUCGGUAGCUCUUGGUUUGACUCAAGAGCCUCAAAGCCUGGAGCAUCGCUUGACCCUGUGGAAUCAGAAACAACUAGAAACAAGCCAGCCAAAAGGCAAAAUGCUUCUCACACAUGUGCAUGAAGACAGAAGGAUUUGGUAGGAGGGAGACCAGGAUUCAAGCAUCCCCCAUGACCCAAUGGCUACUGAAAACAGGUUGGCUGCCGCUGAAGGUCUUCCUUUUGAGUCCAUGGUAGAGCCCUUGCCAAGAGUGAAAACUGAAGACCUUGAACCUUUUGCCUCUGCACCUAGUGAGGGACUGGAAGGUUCCGGAAAAAACAGGACUAGCAGGGAGGUUCUGAGGUGGGCAAUAUCCAAAGAGGUGAAAUGGGAGCCGGAAGAAGGGACGACCCAGCUCUGGAAAGUGAAGGAAGAAGGCUUGGGAGCCCCUGGCGUGGAGGCCGAGCGCCAAAGCUUCCGGCACUUUGGCUACCAGGAGGCCGCCAGCCCCCGAGAGGUUUUCUGGCGCCUCUGGGACCUUGGCCGACAGUGGCUGAAGCCCGAGAGGCACACGAAGGAGCAGAUCCUGGAGCUGAUAGUUCUGGAGCAGUUUUUGACUGUCCUACCCCCAGAGAUGGAGAGUUGGGUGAAGGAGCACGUUUCAGAGAGCAGCUCCCAAGUGGUGGCGCUGGUAGAGGACUUUCUGCUGAGGCAGAGAGGGGAUGAGGGAUGGGGACAGCAGGUGCCAAGGCCAUACGGAGAAGCCGAUGGAAGCUCAUCCGGAGCCGACCAACCGCCGUUGUCCACGGGGCAAAGACGGCUGAGCAGCGAGAUCAAACAGGAGGGAAGCCGGGGUGCUGUUGGGAUGGAAAGCAGUGAGGCGUGCAAGAAUGACAUCAAGCAGCCGCCAUUUGAUGAGUCAUCAGAAGGCGCCGAACCACAGGACUUGGAAGAAAACAGGGAGGAGUCAAAGAGGCAGCAGGGAAACCAAAUGGAUAAACCUGCCGCUGGCCAAGAACGGGAGUUCUCUGAAACUGCAGGCCAAACAAGAACCCGGAAGGGAAAGUCUCAGAAGAUUUGCAAGCUGUGCGGGAAAAGCUUCAGCCAUAAUUCGAGUCUUAAGAGACACUGGAGGACCCACACGGGAGAGAAGCCCUACGAAUGCUCUUACUGCGGGGAACGGUUCAGCCAGAGUCCGGUUCUCGUUCGGCACCAGAGGACUCACACAGGGGAGAAACCAUACAAAUGCCUGGACUGUGGGAAAAGGUUCACUCAGCGCCAUCACUUGAUAGCGCACCAGAGAAUCCACACAGGGGAGAAGCCGUACGCAUGCUUCACGUGUGGGAAAAGCUUCAGCCGGAGCCAUAAUCUCAUCCGGCACCAGAGAAUCCACACGGCGGAGCCGUUGUACAAAUGCCCAGACUGCGCGGAAAGCUUCCGUAACAAACCUGGCCUUUUUGCACACCUCCAAAUACACAUGGGAAUGAAACGAUAG